GGCUUUUCUUCAGAAAGUGAUAAAUGGAAACUCAGAUCUAGAGGAAGGAAUGAAGAGCAUCAGAAUGAUAAACAUAUAUGCUCUGAUCUCUAGCUUUGCCACUACGUGGUCACCAAGACGCCACGGCCUCCGCAAUUCCUAGAGAGAAAGCUCCUAGAAAGGAAAGAGUGGUCGGGUGCAGGACCGCUGACGCACUUCCGGCCUUUGUGGCUUCUCGGUUGCCGGGCGCUGCGACCCAGCCUCUGGGUCUGAAGCUUCCCUGGACCGCGAAGGUAUAUCCUCCUUAAGAAGAUUAAAUCAAAGAAUCUUAGAUCACAGUUUUCAUUUUACCCCCAAGUUGGUGUGAGCCUUCUAAAUUAAUUCCGGAAUGGCUUCAGCAGAGGAACAGGAUGAAUGUAAGAUUGUGAAGGUGGAAGAAGACCCUCUCUGGGAUCAAGAAACCUACCUUCCAGUGAACAGCUUUUCUGGCCAGGAGGCCUCACGCCAACUUUUUAGGCAGUUUUGUUACCAAGAGACUCCUGGUCCUCGAGAAGCUCUGAGCCGGCUACGGGAACUCUGUCAUCAGUGGCUGAGGCCAGAGACACACACCAAGGAGCAGAUUCUGGAGCUGCUGGUGCUAGAACAGUUCCUGAUCAUUCUACCUGAGGAGCUACGGGCCUGGGUGCAGGAGCACCAUCCAGAGAGUGGGGAGGAGGCAGUGGCUGUGGUGGAAGAUCUGGAGCAAGAGCUUAGUAUGCCUGGGAACCAGGCCCCAGACCAGGAAUAUGGACAUUCUAAUGUGCUCUCAGAGAACAUGGUACAUUCUGAGGCCAAGCAGGAAUCAGCAGUCAUCCAGCUUCAGUCUAUGGUGACACAGCUUAAAUAUGAAGCUUUUGGUCUCCACCGAUUUCGAGAACAAGGGGUUGAAACUAUCCCUGAAAACCAGAAGUUGGCAUCAAAACAAGAAGUCUUAAAAGAAAUGGAACAUUUUGGGGAGAGCAAACUCCAAAGAGAUGUUUCUCUUGAUUCUAAGUAUAGAGAAAUUUGUAAACAUGACGACAGGGUGGAAAAGCAGCAUUGCCAUCCUGUUGGAGAAAGACAUCACAGGUGCAAUGAAUGUGGGAAAAGCUUCACUCAGAGCUCAGUCCUCAUUCAGCACCAGAGAAUCCACACUGGGGAGAAGCCAUAUGAAUGUGAAGAAUGUGGGAAGGCCUUCAGCCAGAGAUCAGGCCUGAAUGAACAUCAGCGGAGCCACACCGGAGAGAAACCUUAUCAAUGUAAGGAGUGUGGGAAAGCCUUCAGUGCCAGCAAUGGCCUUAUUAGACACAGAAGAAUCCACACAGGAGAAAAACCCUAUGAAUGUGAAGCAUGUGGGAAGGCUUUCCGCCUCAGCUCAUACCUUGUUCAGCAUCAAAGAAUACACACUGGAGAGAAGCGCUAUCAGUGUAACCAGUGUGGCAAAGCCUUCAGUCAGAAUGCAGGGCUCUUCCAACAUCUCCGAAUCCACACUGGUGAGAAACCCUAUCAAUGCAGUCAGUGCAAUAAAAGCUUUAGUAGGCGGACACUUCUUAUGAAACAUCAGAGAAGCCACACUGGAGAGAGACCUUAUGAGUGUGAUGAGUGUGGGAAAGCCUUCAGUCAUCACUGCAACCUUAUUAGGCAUUUUAGAAUCCAUACCAUUGCUGAACUGGACUAAUUCCACAGACUUCCGGACACCUAAAUGGGUCUAUUUUUGAAAUAACCAUGGUGACUCAGUUGGAACAGCUCCUUGGUGCUAGCCAGAUUGCUGAAAUGUCGCCCCCCCCCCCCCCCCGUGCUGGAGAUUGGACCCAGGACUUCACACAUGUGAGUACUCUACCACUGAGCUAUACCCUAGCUCCUCCUAAUAGUUUAUAAUCACCAUUUGUCUUCACUAUCUGUCACCCCAUCAAUGUUAAUACCACUCUUCUAAAGUACACUUUAAAGAUAGCUAUUUAUUUGGAUUGCUAAAUUCUCCCAUUAAGUUGCAGUGUAUUUGGAGUAUUCUGAAUAGUAUAGCAAGUAAUUUUAGGUCCUGUUUUGGUUGCAGAAGAGAUUCUCUGUAAGUUUAUUUUCUAGUAAUGGACAUGCCCUGAAUAAAAAUAACCAUGUAAGGUAGUAUUGGAUUAGCACCAUAAAAGUGAUAUGGAGAGAAGUAUCAUAGAAGUAUCACAGGUGUUCAGCUCAAUGGGCAGAGUACAUAAAGUGAUCAUUCUUCUGCAAGUAACUUUGAAAAGUCCUUUCCUAUGGCAAUAGUCUUUCAUAAUUACAAAGGUGUUGAACUCCUGCAAGGUGAUUGUUGUGGGUAGAUGCUUACAGAUAACCAGAUAUUUCAUGAAGAAAUCAAAUUACAGGAAAUAAUCAACAUAUUUUAAGCAUCUUGUGUGGAAUAGGUCAAUCUGUUACUCUGCAACAUGUCUUAUAGUUCCAUCACAACCAUGCACAAAACAGAAAUUCCUGUUGAAAGAAAAGUUCUGUCUACAACACAACUGCAGUGGAAUCCAUUUUCUCUUUACUGGUUAAUCUACCAAAACUACAUUUCAACACUAACCAAUCACAGUAUACUUUUUCCAAGAAUUUCUGCUUAUUCCUGGAUUCACUCCUUAGGGCAUUUCAAAAUGGCAUGAUGUCAACUUGUUAUCCUUUCCUUUUUUGACCCUGAUUUGCUUCAUAUUUUCCUGUUUUCUUCAACUCUUUUGAUUUCUGCUGCCAAUUGUCACAUUUUUCACAUCAAUAUUCAGUGGCACAGCCUCUGGUUUUUCCUCUAUUGAACUCUCCAACAUUUGUCUGGCCCAUCUUGCCUACACAAUCUGAUCCAGCUUUACACCAAUGCUGGUCUUAAGCUUAUUGACACACGUUUUGUUUAGAUAAUUCUUAGCUUAUGGGCAACAACUCCAUUUUGGACUAUGAAUUCAGUGACAUUCUAUGGUUAUUAUAUUGCCUGCAUUUUUUAAAUGGUAUUUUUCUGGUUGACAGGUUUUUCUUGAACUGAUAGACCUUUUGAAGUACAGUUUUUUCAUGUUUCAUUUGUAAAAAAUGAAAAAAAUCCUGAAAAUCCAAAUAACAACCAGAGCAAAACUGUGUGCCUUCUAUUUAUCUUUGAUUCUAAUCUUGGCGGUUGUUUAAAGAAAAAUAAUAAAAUAUCUACAUUUGUUUUAUCAGGUUCAAAGUAUGUUGGGAAUUGUCAAGUCCCUCUUUUCAUCACGUUGUAUAUUUUUUGUUAACAUUUGUUAUGCCUUAUUCUAAAAUUUAGUCUCAAACUGGAAUGCCUUUGAGGACAGAUAAUUCUAUAGAGGUCUUUUGACUUAAAUAGUUCAGCAUUUAUAUUGUUUUAUUUUGGCAUCUAAUCAGAUUCUUAUUCAUAGCCCAUAAAAAGAAAUGUGAACUUAAUAUUGGACUUUGCUGAUGUACUUGAGAGUCUGAAAUUUUUUAAAGAAAUCAUAGCCCUACAGAAAAUUUUCUAUUGUGUUAUGGUUCUCUUUUAUUGAUGGGGAUGAAGUGGGGGUUUCUUAGAAAUAGUCAUUUUUUAUUAAACUAUUUCUGGAAGAAAAUUGAAAAAAAUUUAAAAAUGACAUUCUCUAGAGAAGAUAAAAAGGGGGAAGAAUUUCAUUCUUUUAAUGCAUAAAAUAAAUUCAACAAAUGAUUUCUCACAUCUGAUACAAACUGGACAUAGAAAAGUACCACUGGAGUUCAACAUUUUCUGAUAACUUUUAACAUUGUUAUAAUAAUCUUUGAAACUUUUAUAUAAAUGUCUCAUUUUAAAAAAUAGUAGUUACUCAUUAAUUGCAUUUUAUACAUCAGAUUUGCUUUGGUAGAAUACAACCAAAUGUGUAGUUGUGAUUUUUCCAUCUUGUUACUGACUGCAUUUUGUUUAUCUGCCUUAGUCUGGAAGAUUAGCAUUGUGUCCCAAGUAAUAAUGUGCAACACAUCUCCGAAAGUCCAAGAGGUCUAAAGAGGAAUCAGGGUUACAGACUCUGUGCAGUUGCCAUGCAUUGUUCAUGGCUACAUCAAUCAUGUAGCUCACCAAAAUUGAAUACCAUUUCUUGCUUCUUAACCUCACUCUAUAUUUGGAAAUAAUUUGAUCCAUUUUAGCUACACCUUUCCUGCAUUCCUCAUACAAUUUCACUAUGCAUGGUUGAUUUACCUGUGGGAUCUCUUCACCAUCAGCAAAACAACUUAUUUCACUGACUGGUUCUAUGCCUACAGCAUUGGAGCACAGACUGAUAAUACCAUCACCAUGCCAACGACAUAAAAUUAUUUCAUCAUUUUCUUCUACUCGGAAAUCAAAACAUCCCCUCUUCAUUUUUUUCAUAUGUUCUGCAUUCAUAAGAGGACAUUUUUCAGUCCUGUUUUCACGAAUUGAUCCUGUUGCCCUCACUCCCUUCUUCUUCAAAGCUGAAACCAAUUUGACACUUGUAAAGAAGCUAUCAAAACACAGGUGAUAGGGAUACUGACCUCUCUCUAAAAGAACAUCAGCAAAGUUCAUCACUAGAUUUCCACCUAACCCAAGGUCAAGAUCCUUAUCUGCCUCGAUAGUUGAUUCUUCUUGAUAGGGCUCAAACCAAACCAGAUAACCCUGUGUGGUUGUACCACACCAAAUUUUAUAGCCAAUUCUAAGAGGCUUUCCAUUCAGAAAUUGGUCACUAUCAAAGCAUUCACACAUUGAUUUAUCAAAGCAAUAGUAUUCUUCUAGAGGAGCAUACAAGAGGAAAUUUUUAUUCAUUUGCUUUAUGAGAGGUCUCAAUUUUGAAAAUUUAUCUUUUUGAUCUAAGUGGCUAUUAUCUGCAAAAUGUAAGUAUGAGAAAAUCAAUUCAAAUCUGUCCCUUCUAAUUGCAUCUCUAACCAGGUUCUGAUCGGCAUCAGAGAUUUCCCAGUACAUUCCCCUUCUGGGACGCCUUACAAAUCCACUCCAAAGUAGGACACCAAAUACACAUCUCAUUUCCUGAACUGUGACUUCUAAGUUAACAUUUUUCUGAGAAGCAUAAUUAUUGGUUUCAUUGACAAUCAAGUUGAAUGUUUCAUCAUCAAAAAACAAUUCGAAGAGCUCUACUGGGUUCAACUUUUCACUCUUGAGAUUUAAAAGUCCAGAAUCCAGUGCUGACCAGCUGGGAAAGUUGGGCUUAAUGUCUCUUUUGGUCCAACUCUUUUCUGGGACACUUGACACCUUCAGCUUCUUCUGAGAAGGCUGAGCCUCAGGUUCAUCUUCCUCCACCUCUGAGUCAUCAGAAAAUGCAAGACCUUGGAGCAGUUCACUCACUCGAGCUUUGUCUUUUUUUCUUCCUUUUCGGGUAAUGUCUCCUGCUGCAUACUGCAAGGAUGCAAUGUGCAUCCGGGCCCAAGAGUCACGGGGUGGGUGAUGAUCCUUUAGAGUGUUCAAAUUUGAGACUGUCUUUUCAGUAGGGAGAGCAGAACUACAAGAGAUGUGGGGUGCAUAGUCUCUGGGAAAGAAAAAAGAAAACAUACUACAAAAAACCUAAGUCUCACUCUUUCAAAUAUGCUAAAUCUAACGCAGUAUGGUAGUGUGCUAAUUUUCACUUUUCAUGUUUUCAUGGGGAAAAUUGGCUAGACUUAACAUUUCUGACCUCUCCCCAAUGCACUUCUCAGGACAUAACUGUUGAAUUUAGGAGAAGAAACGCAGCAUCCUUAGCAUAGCACCUCCCUCUAUUCUCUUUAGGAGUAGGAUGCAGACAUUCCAAAUUCCUUUUUGUCACUAGUUGCAAUGGGCAGGCCCACACAAGACCUCUGCUGCACUUCUCCUCUGCUAGUUUGAACCUAUUUAGCUCUGCCUCUGAGCCACUUUAUCCAGUCUAGCUCCUGUCAAUAAGUUGAAGGUUCUGGAACCACCUGUUAUAUUCAACUGUGUCCAUGUCAACUGGUUCUUAAUUUGGAAAAGGAAGGAGGUUGCUAUGUACCAGGCCUCCUCACACCUCACAAAGAUUUUCUGUUACAUAUUCAUCUGGUAGGUGUAUUUCUUUGAGUGGAAAUAAAAAAGAAAAAACUCAUUGCACUCGAAUGGAUUUUUAUGGGAUUUACAAGGAAGAAAACUAAAGUUUCUAAGAUGAAAGUACUAUUUUAUACUAAUGCUUUUUAAAUUCUGGGUAUUUAAAUUUUAUUUAUUAGUGUCCUAUUAAUAAACCAGUCUAGUUUUAGAAGACACAGGGGGAAAAUGCAGGUUAAAAGAGUAUACUUUAAUAUAUAUUACACUACAUAUGUUUAUUUAUUAAAGUAUUUACUUCCUGGGUAUCUUCAAUAUCUACAUGUAUGACCUAUUCAAUACAUCCAUCUUACAAGUUCCCUGACAUCUUUAACUUUGGGAAUACUUCUUGAAUCCUGUCAUGACACUGAGACUUUUCGCCGUUGAAAUUUAAACUCUUAAGAACUAUACAUUACAUUAAAUCCAAUAAGGUGAGAAGGGUCUGGGAGUAGGAAA